AUGCUGGCUUAUGAGUGCUACAAACCUUCAGAGGAUAGGAAGCUUGACACAGAUACUUGUGCAAAAAUCGUCUUAAGAAAUAAGCACCUGGGCAUAGAAGAAUACAAGUUUCUCUUUCAUACUAUUGUUAGUUCUGGCCUUGGUGAAGGAACGUAUGUCCCUAGAAACAUUAUCUCAGGCCAGGAAGAUUCCCCAACUCUGAAAGAUUCCAUUACGGAAAUGGAUGAUAUCAUCUUUGACUCACUUGACAAGCUCUUUGCCAAAACCGGAAUUUCUCCAUCAGAAAUUGACAUACUUGUUGUCAAUGUUGCUUUAUUCUCUCCUGCGCCUUCUCUAUCUGCUCGAGUAGUUCAUCAUUACAAGAUGAGAUCAGACAUUAAAACUUUCAACCUCUCUGGAAUGGGCUGCAGUGCAAGCAUUAUAUCCAUUGAUCUGGUGCAGAACUUGUUCAAGUCAUACAAGAAUGCAUUCGCUAUUGUUGUGAGUACAGAAUCAAUAGGUCCAAAUUGGUACGGAGGCAAACAAAGAUCCAUGAUGCUCUCAAACUGUCUGUUCCGUUCAGGAGGUUGCUCGAUGCUCUUUACAAACAGAAGCUCGUUAAAACAUCAAGCCAUGUUCAGAUUGAAACAUCUCGUACGUACUCAUCUUGGCUCCAACGACGAGGCCUACGGAUGCUGCAUGCGAGUAGAAGAUGACCUUGGCUACAAAGGUGUUCUCCUUAAUAGAAACAUUAGAAAAUCUGCUGCUCAGGCUCUUGCUGUUAAUCUCCGAGUCUUAGUACCUAAAAUAUUACCGCUAAGUGAACUACUUCGCUAUAUUUAUGUAUCUCAUCUACAAAAGAGAAGUAAAAGCACCAGUCUUCAAGAAAUGGGAGCAGGCUUGAAUCUGAAGACUGGAGUGGACCAUUUCUGUAUACACCCAGGUGGAAGGGCAAUUAUUGACGAUGUCGGCAAGAGUUUAGGCCUUAGUGAUUGUGAUCUUGAGCCAUCUAGAAUGGCACUUCAUCGAUUUGGCAAUACAUCAACUGCUGGCAUUUGGUAUGCUCUAGCCUACUUGGAGGCUAAGCAGAGGCUUAAGAAAGAUUUGAAAUGGCACGAGACAUUUCAAGAGACCCAAGAUAUUGGGCCUGCCAUCACCAUUCCUUCAGUUAAGGUCCAGGCAGUUGUGAAUAAGACUCCUGUGACCAAAUCUGGUCAAAUUUGGGUCAUGAACAGGGCUGUAAGAGACUUGUUGAAACUUUAUGAGCCGAGCGUUGGGCCUGUUUUGAUUUUGCUUGAGCUCGAGUGGUGUUGGGCUUUUGUAGUUGAUGUUCUAUGCGGGACCAAUCCUCCACCAAGACAAACAUGA